AUGGCUUCGGAACAGCUUAGAGCACCAGGGAGCAAGCCCGGGGAGAAUAUGCUGUGGGGAGGACGCUUCACAGGUCUGAGUCAUUGUGGACUUGAUCCUCUUAUGGUCUCAUAUAAUGAAUCAAUCUACUACGACCGAGCGUUCCAUACCCAAGAUAUUCUUGGCAGCAUUGCAUGGGCUCGCGCCAACUACAAAGCCGGUAUCCUCACAGCCUCCGAGUUCUCUGCAAUCGAGUCGGGUCUCAAAAAAGUCGAGGGAGAAUGGGUUGCUGGAACAUUCAAGAUUAUUCCUGGCGUCGACGAGGAUAUACAUACUGCGAAUGAACGUCGGUUAGGAGAGAUCAUUGGGAAAGAAGUUGGUGGGAAGCUACACACAGGCCGAAGCAGAAAUGAACAAGUUGCUACUGACAUGCGACUUUGGCUGAGAGAUGAGCUCAGGAAGAUUGAGGUAUUCUUGGUUGAUUUCUUGAAAGUCACUGCGGCUAGGGCUGAGCAGGAAAUUGACUUGAUCAUGCCCGGAUACACCCAUCUGCAACGCGCCCAGCCAAUUCGAUGGAGUCAUUGGAUGUUGUCGUAUGGAAUGGCAUUCGCCUCUGAUCUUGAGAGACUUCGAGAAGUUAUCGCAAGAGUCAAUUUAAGUCCUCUGGGUGCUGGUGCCCUUGCGGGCAACUGUUUCGGAGUGAACAGAGAGGCUAUGGCUAAAGAGCUUGGCUUUGAAGGACUGCUGUGGAACAGCAUGGCUGCAGUAUCCAGUCGUGAUUUUGUUUUGGAGACGAUGCAAUGGGGAACUAUGCUGAUGACGCAUUUGUCCCGAUGGAGUGAGGACCUAAUUAUUUACGGGACUGGAGAAUUCUCUUUCGUCAGAUUAGCGGAUGCUUACAGCACUGGUAGCUCGUUGAUGCCUCAAAAGAAGAACUCGGAUAGCUUAGAACUUCUUCGGGGAAAGACAGGAAGAGCAUUCGGUCAGAUGGCUGGUUUGACAAUGACAAUUAAGGGUCUGCCAAGCACCUACAAUAAGGACCUUCAAGAGAGUGUCGAGCCUAUGCUUGAUCACGUCAAGACAGUUUCAGAUAGUAUUCGAAUUGCGACAGGCGUUCUUUCAACACUUGCCGUCAACCCCGAGAAAAUGCGUGCUUCUCUCGAUCCUUUCAUGCUGGCUACCGACCUAGCAGACUACCUUGUCCGCAAGGGAGUUCCUUUCCGCGAGACGCAUCACAUCAGUGGACAAUGCGUCGCAUUCUCGGAGAAGUCUAAAAUCCCAAUGGACCAAAUGAAGCUUACAGACUUCCAAGCCAUCGAUAGCCGUUUUAGUCAAGAUAUCCUCGAUUGCUUCAGCUACGAAACCAGUGUUGAAUUCCACUCUGCGGCUGGAGGAACUGCCAAGAAGAGCGUGGAGGACCAAAUAAAGGUAAUGAAGUCGAUUCUGGAGUAG